AUGAAAGAAAAAUUAAUUGCAUUCUCUUCUCUUAAAUAUUUCUAUUUUCUCACAACUGUUUUGAACUUUUCUAUUUUAAUCGUUUUCUCUCUCUCUCCCUCUCUCUCUCUCCCUCUCUCUCUCUCCCUCUCUUUCUCUCUCUCUCUCUCUUUGCGCCUUUACCAGACCGUAGAAUAUUGCACGAGUGUGUAUACGAUAGCCGCCUUUUACUGCGAACGCCAUAACUCAUAUUUAAAUGACCCAUUAACUCCCGACAUCAGAUGUUGUAGCUGUUCCAGAGUUAUUACGCCCCUUUGCGCUUCCAAACACGCACAUUAUAUAUACGUCUUCCUUUUCUCUCUCUUUCUCUCUCUCUCUCUCUCUCCUUAUAUAUACGGCUUCUUUUUUUCUCUCUCUCUCUUUAUAUAUACGGCUUCUUUUUUUUCUCUCUCUCUCUCUUUAUAUAUACGGCUUCUUUUCCCCUCUCUCUCUCUCUCCUUAUAUAUACGGCUUCUUUUUCUCUCCCUCCAUCUCCCUCUCCUUAUAUAUGCCCUUCUUUUUUCACUCGCUCUUCCUCUCCUUAUAUGCCUUCCUUUUCUCUCUCUCUCCCUCUCAUUAAAUAUACGCCUUCCUUUUCUCUCCCUCUCCUUAUAUAUAUAUAUAUAUAUAUAUAUAUAUGCCUCUCUCUCUCUCUCUCUCUCUCUCUCUCUCUCUCUCUCUCUCUCUCUCUCUCUUAUAUACACGCUUUCCUUUUCUCCCUUUCACACUCUUUCAGCCAGAUUUUUUAUGUAUACAUUUUCUUUUUUCUGCCAUCCUCCCACCCUUCCUAAACUCCCACCUGCCGAGCUUCUCACCCCCUCUUUCUUUCUUUCUUUCUUUCUUUCUUUCUGUUACCCUUUCUCUUUUUUACUCUUUCUCAACGUGCACACAUAUUUUUUUUUUACUUUUUUGUUUAUAUUAAAUAUUGACUGA